AUGGUCUCUUUCAAGACGGCCUUUGUCGCCGCAAUCCAGAUUGUCGCUGCUUCCGCGCUCGACAUUUCUGUCGAGUCGACUGGUAACUUUACCGGUGGUUACCACUAUGGCUUCCUGCACGAGGACAUCAACAACUCGGGCGACGGCGGCAUCUACGCUGAAUUGGUCCGCAACCGAGCUUUCCAGUACAGCGACAGAUACCCCGUCUCGCUUGACGGCUGGCGCUCCAUCAACAGCGCCAACCUGAGCCUGAGCCGUCUUGCCGAGCCGCUGUCCGACGUGCUCCCCGUCUCGGUCAAUGUCAAGGCCACCAAGAACUCCGGCAAGAGGCGUGUCGGGCUCCAGAACGAGGGCUACUGGGGCAUGGACGUCAAGCGCCACAAGUACACGGGCUCGUUCUGGGUCCGCGGCGCAUACAAGGGCUACUUCACUGCUGAGCUCAGGUCCAACCUGACCGAGGACGUGUUUGGCUCCGUUAAGGUCAAGUCCCAUGCUGUGGCGAAUGACUGGGUCGAGCAUGAGUUCGAGCUGCUGCCCAAGAAGGAUGCGCCCAACAGCAACAACACGUUUGCCAUCACCUUUGACCCCAAGGGUGCUUCCAGUGGUUCUCUCGACUUUAACCUCAUCAGUUUGUUCCCUCCCACUUACAAGAACCGCAAGAACGGUCUCCGCAAGGACAUUGCUGAGGCUCUCGAGGAGCUCCACCCCACUAUUCUCCGAUUCCCCGGCGGUAACAUGCUUGAGGGACUUACUCACUCCACCUACUGGAACUGGAAGGACAGCCUCGGCCCGCUCCGCACCCGCCCCGGUUUCCAGGGUGUCUGGAACUACCAGCAGACCCACGGUCUCGGACUCAUGGAGUACCUUUACUGGGCCGAGGACAUGGGCCUAGAUAUCGUCAUUGGCAUUUGGGCCGGUCUCUCUCUUGACGGAGAAGUCACGCCCAAGGCGGACUUCCAGGCCGUAAUCGACGAGGGCCUCGAGCAGAUCGAGUUCAUCCGCGGCGCCGCCGACUCCAAAUGGGGAUCUGUCCGCGCCGAGCUCGGCCACCCUGAGCCUUUUAAGUUGAAUUAUGUUGAGAUUGGUAACGAGGAUUGGCUAGCGGGAUACCCGGGCGGGUGGAGCUCAUACAAAGCUUACCGUCUCCCGCUAUUUGUUGAAGCCAUCAACAACGCCUACGACGACAUCACCGUUAUUGCGUCCGGCGCCAGCACAGACGGCGACGGCUUUAAUAUCCCAACGAAGGUCGUGGGUGAUUAUCAUCCAUACAGAAGCGCGGACGCGCUCGUCGAUGAGUUCGACCGCUUCGACAACGAUGUGUCCCACAUCGUCGGUGAAGUCGCUGCCGUGCACCCCAAUGGCGGUAUUGGAUGGAGCGGAAACUUGAUGUCGUUCCCCUGGUGGAUUGGAACCGUUGGAGAGGCCAUUUCUCUCAUCGGCUACGAGCGCAAUGCCGACCACGUUCCCGGCACCUUCUACGCUCCUGUCCUUCGCAACAUGAACGAGUGGCAGUGGGCCGUCACCAUCCUCCAGUUCGCCGCCGACACUGCUCUGACUACCCGCUCCACUAGCUGGUAUAUCUGGGAGCUGUUCGCAAAGUACCCCAUCACCCGAGUGCUCACCGCCACCGCCGAAUUUGACCCUGCCUUCUACGUAGUCGGCAGCAACGAAGACCUCGGCACGCUCGUAUGGAAGGGCGCCGUGUACAACACCACUAACAACGCCGACGUGCCCAUCACGGUCGCCUUUGACGGCGUCAAGGCCGGUACCAAGGCCGAGUUGACGGUGCUGACCAACAACUCCGAGGAUCCGUAUGCGUACAACGACCCGCUUACCGGCGUCAACAUUGUGGACCGAACAACUACGGUUCUCGAGGCGAAUGAAAAGGGUGUGUUUGAGUUUGUCUUGCCUGAGCUGAGUGUCGCAGUCCUCGCCGCUACUGUGAAGAGUGCGACAAAGACCAGACGGAGCAGGGGGAGGGCACUUGGCGCGUAGAUACAAGUCGAGUUGUAUCUGGGGGUAAGGAGAAAGUGUAGAUAGCUCGAGGAACUGCUCAGUUGUCAACCUCAUGACUGAUGUAAAUAGUUAACGAUUUGAUUACGCCAUAUAUCU